AGUUCAGAACAACAUUUUAGUGUGCUCCCUACUCUUUGCGCUCGGUACCAUGUCAUUGAUCUCGAAGAAAACAGUGGUGUCAGUGGAUCUACUCUGUUCAAAAUGCAGAAUGAAGGCCAUGAAGCUAAUAUCAAAGAUAGAAGGAAUAAAUUCUAUUGUCCUUGACCCAUCCAAAAGUAGAGUAACAGUUAUUGGCGAGGCAGAUCCAGUGUGCAUUAUCAGACAAGUCAGGAAGUUCAGAAGAACUGCACAAAUAACAAGCAUUGGUCCUCCCAAGGAAGAGAAGAAGGAUGACAAGAAAGAUGCGAUUCCUUCUCUGCCAAAAACAUGUCAGAGAUGUGAUGUUUGGUACGUGAUUAGUGAUGAUUAUGACGGCCACUGUAACAUUCUAUGAGCACUUCACGUGGGCCAACUUUCGUGAAUCUUUAUCAGGAACGAUGAUGCAUCCAUACUCCCUUGAGUCGGUAAGCUAAAGCAAGAGUCUAAUG